GCUGCGCGGCGCUGGGCGGCCGCGGAGGCUGCCGGGAGUUGUAGUCCGCGGGCUGCCGGCGCCCGACAUGGCGGCGGCGGCCGGGGGGGGCUCGGGGCCCGGCGGCCCCGCAGUGCCGCUGCGCAGCGGCCGCAGCAUCCCCGUGCUGGGCCUCGGUACUUCCCAUCAGGGUGGCUAUUCCCAUGAUGCUGUGGUCCAUGCAUUACAGAAAUGUGGCAUUCGUCAUAUUGACACAGCAAAAAGAUACGGCUGUGAAUCUCUUCUCCAAAAAGCCAUUAAAGAGAGUGGUGUGAAGCGGGAGGACCUCUGGAUAACCACCAAAUUGUGGCAUAGUGAUUAUGGCUAUGAAAACACGAAAAAAGCCUGCUUGGAGUCAUGUGAAAGACUUGGUGUUGACUAUCUUGAUCUUUAUUUGAUACAUUGGCCUGAUGCACAUGUUCCAGGUAAAAGCAAUCGGGAGGUCCGAGCUGAAACCUGGACAGCGAUGGAGGAGCUCUAUGAGAAAGGUUUGUGUAGGUCAAUUGGCGUAAGCAACUUUCUUAUCAGUCAUCUUGAGCAACUAAAGGAAGACUGUGUGGUUACUCCACAUGUUAAUCAGGCUGAGUACCACCCUUUCCAACGACCUCAGGAGCUGGUGGAUUACUGUAGGAGCAGAGGUAUUGUUUUUGAAGGCUACUGUCCUUUAGCCAAAGGUGAAGCACUCACUCAUCCUAGUGUCAUUCAGCUGGCAAAGAAAUAUGGCAAAACUCCAGCACAGAUUUGCAUACGCUGGAGUAUACAGAAUGGGAUUGUGACUAUUCCGAAGUCCACGAAAGCAGAAAGGAUAGAGGAAAACUGCAAGGUGUUUGAUUUUACAAUAGCGGAGGACGAUGUUGAAAUUCUAAAUGGAUUGCAUGAUGGGAGACAUGUUUCCUGGGACCCAAGCCUUAUUGUGUGAGCGAAGACUUUUGAUUUUAAUGUAAGGAAAGAAGAUACGGAACAUCUGAACGCCAUGAAUGUCACACAAUGAACGCCACAGAAAACUAAUUCAUCUAACGUAUCCAUUGUGGAGAGGAUAAUUUAAAACCAAAUUGUUCUAAAGUUCAAAAGUGAUGCAAUUGAAACUUUAAUUCAUUUAAAACUGAAGAAUAGAUUGUUCUUCUGGGUACUCAGGGUACCCAAUCAGUAUCAGUUAAAAAAAAUAAAUAAAAGCAGUAACAAUAGCUUGUAUGUAAUGUCAUGUUAACAAUUUAAUAAAAUCAUUUCAUUACUUU